AUGUCCUACCUACCAAGUGAGGUUUUGUAUGGUUCGAUCACGGGACGCGGCGUGGCCGAGCGAGGCGCGGGGAAGCGGGAGGCCCGGCGCGCUCGGCAGUCUGGCGGACACUGGCGCGGCACGAGCGAGCAGGGCCGACGCCGGGGCGUGGCGGUCUGCCCACUUAGGGCGCGCCAAUGGGGAUCAGCGCCGGAGGAGCUGGUCGCCUCCCGCUGCGUGCCUGUGUGCGUGAGCACCACCAGCGGUACCGGCGUGAUGCUGCGCCGCGCCGCACCACACCGCGCCACGUCGCGCCACUACACGCGCGCGCCGCCACACACUCGGUCGUACGUUCCUUGUCGCUGUCACACCAGAGCUCUCCUAUCUCCGAACUCCUGUUCUAUAGCUAACUAA